AUGGCGUCUCAGGGCGAGGGUGGAGGAAAGGAUGAGAUAAAAACACACUUCGUUACUAGAGAAGGGACUUAUAAAUUAAUGCCACUGUCUGAGUAUUCUAAGCCGACAAGAGUGCCGUACAAUGGACAAGCUAAUACUCCUGUCAAAGUGUCUUUCGUAAAUGUAGACGACGGAAGUGGAUCUCCAGAUCGGAUUUGUUUCAAUGUUGGCAGGGAGUUAUAUUUUUAUGUUUACAAGGAUGUCAAAAAGGCUGCUGAUUUAACAAAACCUAUAGACAAAAGAAUAUACAAGGGAACGUUUCCCACCUGUCAUGACUUCAACAGUCUGUUGGUAUCACCGGACAGUGUGCGCCUACUGGUGGGAUUCACUGCUGGGCAGGUCCAGCUUAUAGACCCAAUCAAAAAGGAACUAGGAAAAUUAUAUAAUGAAGAGCGACUGAUUGACAAAACGAAAGUGACAUCUAUUCGAUGGAUACCUGGAUCACCAAAUCAGUUUUUAGUGUCACACGCGAGUGGUCAGAUGUAUGUAUAUAACGAGGAACUACCAUGUGGUCCAACACCACCUCACUAUCAACUCUUCAAACAGGGUGACGGGUUCGCUGUGUAUACAUGUAAGACAAAAAGCACACGGAACCCACUCUAUAGGUGGGUGGUAGGACAAGGGGCAAUCAAUGAAUUUGCCUUCUCGCCGUGUUGUAAAUAUCUGGCUGUGGUGAGCCAGGACGGCUACCUCAGAGUGUUUAAUUAUGAUUCCAUGGAAUUAUUGGGCUCCAUGAAGAGUUACUUUGGGGGGCUUCUUUGUGUGUGUUGGUCUCCAGACAGCAAGUUCAUUGUGAUUGGUGGAGAAGAUGAUUUAGUGACGGUUUGGUCAUUUCAGGAGAAAAGGGUUGUAUGUAGAGGUCAAGGCCAUAGGUCAUGGGUAAGUGUUGUGGCCUUUGACCCUCACACAUCAGUAGUUUGUGGUGUGGAAGGCAGUGAGUUCACAUCAACAGAUGAAGACAUUCACAAUGUAGCAAGCCACAACCCAAAGUGGGACAUGCAUGGCAGUGUGGCAAAUGGGGGGACGCAAGGGUCAAAUAGGAACUCUUUAGACUCCAGUAGAACUCCGUCACUUCCUAAUAGUCCGGGGUCAUCUUCCUGUAUAACAACGUACAGAUUUGGUUCUAUAGGGCAGGAUACCAUGCUGUGCCUGUGGGAUCUAACAGAAGACAUUGUUAAACAACCAAUCGGUAGGUCACGGACAAGUGUACUAAUAACGGCCAACUCUACGCCUAUGUCGGCCAAUACAUUACCCAGGUGCAACAGUGUGCAACAUUCUCAAAAAAUGAAUUCAGUAGGAAGUAACGAUGUUGCCGCUGAUGGGCACGCACAUCUGUUUGCUAAUUCAACAGUGAACGCCACAACAAAAUUUGCAACAUUAUCGGUAAGUGAUAGCCGAAAGGAGUCCCAAGAUAAAAAAGAACACAGAAGAAACUUCAGUCUAGCUAGUCGAAGUGAUAAAUCUAGUAUACUGAAAUCCAAUCAUGUUCGCCCUGUUGAUGAUGCAAUGAAACUUUUAGGCACUUGCUCAUGCCCCAGGCUGGACGAAGUGCCUAUACUGGAACCGCUUGUGUGUAAAAAGGUGGCAUCUGAACGUUUAACUGCACUGGAAUUUAGGGAUGAUUGUAUUGUGACUGCAUGCCAAGAAGGUGUGGUUAAUACAUGGGCCAGACCUGGUAAAGUGGGUCUAGCUCAGCAUACUGUGAUGAGUCCACAGGCAUCUGUGGGAGAAAUGUAUCCCAUGUAGCAAAACAAAAAUAAAAGAGAACCUCUAACACAAGUGAGGGAUUGUCAUUUGUGCAGUCCAUCUCGGCAUGCAUUCUGACCUCUAGGAGUGAAUGAUGACCAACAACAGACAAACUGGUGUCUUGUCAUGGUGGCUACUGCAAUGUUGUGUCCCAAAUUUCAAAGGUCAUCGUCUGGUUGAAUCUGAAUGCUUCAUAAGCGCGGUGUUUAUGUGACCUGAAGAAGGAUUGGGUUCAGGGGCAAUGAAGGAUAUGGAAGGUCAAGGUUGUGUAGCUUUGAUGAAAUCCUUUCAGGAGCAGACAGUGACUGUGUGACAGAAGAAUUUCCUUCUUGGCUUGGCUGCUACAAAAAUGUGCAUCCUGGUGACCUAAAUCUUCUGCUCAAAACACCUAGCAUGACUGUAAGUGAUUAGAGCACCCAUAGGUCUCCAUAUUUACGUCUGUGACUGAUUGAUAUAUUACCUCUUUACAGUACACAGAGUGUCAUGGAGUUGUGAAGACAUGUACACUCAAGAAGUAUUACAUUUCCUCAGUUAGGUUUCCAUUUCAUAGCAAAUUGGGCAUUUAUUCAUUAAGGUGAAAGAGAUCAGAUUUUCUGUUUUAACUUUCUCAAUUGUUCACUGACAUGAUCUGAUUAGUCAUUUGGCUGUGGUGUGUCAUCCAUGUCAUCAACUUUCCUAUUAACUCCCUAGGCAGAAUAGGUUAAGGCAUUGAGACUUUCAUCAUUUCUGGGCAAAGAGAAUUUGAAGUUUAUACAUAGAUUAGAGCAAGCAGACCCUCCUCCUUGUCUAGUCUGGUUUAUCAUGGUUUAUAUAAAUGAGUUAUUCCCACACUGCUCUGAACCUUCUCCCAGUGGAGCCCAAAAAAGGAAGUAUGUAUUGAUUUCCGAAGAAUAUUCACUAAAUGAUGAUUAUGAGGGACAUUGAAUGAAUCUAAAACUGUUAUAGAAUGUUAACAGAAUUUGUUGAAAAUCAAUAUCACCAGUGUCUGCCCUGGUUCUGUUUCUAUCAUUCAGGUUAUGAUAAAAGUCAUUAUUCAAUUGUUCAUGCUGUGUCCUUGACUACAUGUUGCUAAACAUCUUUACCAUUUCUUAUGAUAAACAGGAAAGUUGAGUGUCACAGGUCAGAUGGGACUAUCAUUCAAAAUCUUGAUUAAAAACUAUGGGAAGUGGCCAGUUUCUAGCAUUUAUAUUAUCAUAAGGUAAAAUAUAUCUUUCAAAUGAAGAGAGAUAUUAUCUCACCUGGAUUUAAGAUGUGAUGUAAUGUUUUAAGUACCAAGGAAGUAGAAUUUGAAAAAGAAAUGUGGACGUUUUGAUGGUAAGAUGUAGUACAAAUAUAAAUGUCAGUCAUGUACCGAGUAGGUCUAAAACUUAAUGAUUUUCUGGUGAACUGGUUUGAACAGAUCUAUGGUUAUUUUUCCAAAUACCUGCUCUGGUCCUGUUGUAGAUUCAUUGUCUUCAAUUCCUCAGGAACAAUGUUCUUUACAAUAAUGAUCUAUUUACACAUAUACAGUUAGAAAAAUACAUUACUACAGAAGUGUUGGAAUAAAGACCUCUAGAAAACCUUAUUAGAAUUUCAAGGUAUUUGUUUGAAAUAUCAAUAGCUUUCACAUGGAAUUCUAGCCUUUCAGUAGAUUUGCUAUCGGAAUUUACUUUGACAUCAAGGCAAUGUACUGUACUUGAAAAGUCAAAUCAGUAAUUAUUUUUUCAUUUUCUUCAUUUAAAACCCAUCUUCCACAGGAGUUGAAUUAGUUGAGUAGACACCAUUUUUACAAAAAGGAAGAAAUUUACUUUUAUAGCAACUCCCAGACAAAAAAAUACAUGGAACAUCUUUCCAUCAUAUUAUAUUCCUGCUAUAUUAGCGUAAAUGGAUUUUUGUCCUGUACAGCUUAUAAGCUUAACAGCAGAAAAAGUUCUGGUUUCACCUCUUCAUGUGAAGGGAAGAUAACUUUUGGUAUAGUGCUAAUGAAAAAGUCCUGUGUUAACAUUGUUAUCUUUGGACGCAGUGUACAUAUAUAUAUAUACUGACGAUUGUGAUCAAAAUGCCUCCCAAGGGGGAUAACUCUUCAAUUACAAUAUGAAGAACAGGAUCUUCUAUAGUGUCAUAGUGUCUGUGAUAGUUCGCUCUGUUCAGAUGCAAUUUCAGAGAGCUUCGCAGAAGAUCUCCCUCGUUUUGUACAGCUGAAAUAUAUUGUGGUACAUCCUGUUACAAUUUCCCCAUUAUACUGUGAUUUAUAUUGUAACAAAUGAGAAUGCUGUGUGGUUGUUAUAUGAAAUGUUUUCCUUUCUUUUUUUUCUUUUUUUUAUAGAUUGGAUGCCAGUGAUGUAUGCCAGUGAUGUACUGAUGUAUUGAAUCAGUUAUUGUUGAAUGAGUUUGUUAAUGAAGGCAUACAUGUUGUGUUAAUAGUGCUAUAGAAGUUGUGUGUGUGUGUAUGAACUUCUGUGGGAUCCCCACAAGCAAUACCGGAAUUUUUUUUGUAUGCUUAAUUAUCGUCAUUUCUUCAUCGUAUAGAACAAUACAUCAUAUUAUUGUAAUAACUUUAUCACCCAUCAUUGAUAUUUUCCUUUUUUUUUUUUUUUAUUAUUAUUAUUGUUUUAA